UCGCGUUGCAAAUGCAAAUUCAACGCCGUCGUCUUCAUUACCGCCCCGCAGCGUCCCGCAUCUAACCGCCGCGACUCCCCCGCCGCCGGCCGCCGCCAUGGAAGACCACGGCCACCACCACCGCCACCACCGCCCUCACCGGAUCUCCGUCCCGCCGCGCGCCGCCGCGGCCACCUCGAGGUCCUACCCUCCUUCCUUCCCCUCGUCGACGCCGACCACGACCCCGUCGAAGUCGCGCGGUCUCCCUCUCCUCACCCCCUCCUCCGCCCGGGGGGGCGGCGGCGGCGGCGGCGGCAGAUCCUCCCUCUCCUUCCUCCUCCUCCUCCUCUUCUCCCUCCGAUCCCUCUACUCCCUCCUCCUCCCCUUCCUCCGCUCCUCCCCGCCCUCCUUCUCUCUCUUCCCCUUCUCCUUCCUCGUCUCUCUCCUCUCCUUCCUCCUCUCCCUCUCCUUCGCCCUCCUCUCCCCUUUCUCCUCUUCCUCCUCCAAAUCCUUCGCCCUCCAGUCCAAGCUCCAGAGCCAGCCCCUCCUCGUCCUGACCUCCCUCUCCCCCUCGCAGAACAAGGUCCUCGCCGAGAAAUCCGUCCUCCUGGCCGUCGUGUUCCUCCUCCGAUUCCAGGCCCUCCGGUACUGCGGCGCCGCGGCCAUGAUCCUCGCCGAAUUGUCCGGCAACGUUUCGGCCCGGUUCCUCGCCGAGGGGAGGAUUUGGGAUUCCGGAUAUCUGGGUAAGAAUCGAUCCUCCCGGGUUCGCGGGUUUGCUGCAUUGUUUCUGGGAUUGUUUCUUUUGGCUCUAAGUUGGGACCGGAACAUGUGUUUCCCCUUUUCCGGAUCGUCGUCUUCUGAUGAUAAAUGGAGGUUCUUGGUAUUGCCUAGAGAGAAUUGUUUGAGGAUAUGGCCGAUGCUGUUGCCGUUCUUGUCCGGAUUUUUGGGGUGUUACGAGCGCGUGUCCAUGAAUCGGGGAGUGCUGCAAGAGCUGGGGCAGAAACGGGUUAGAUUGAUUUCGCUGCUCUAUACAUCUAUUGUGCUCCUUGUUCCUGCUGUGAUUAGCAUUCUCGUCUUUGAGCACGAAGGAGAUAGUAUUUCGGUUACUAGUUUAGGUUGGCCUCUAGCUAAUACUGUUGUUUUUGGAGUGCUGUUGAGUGAGAAUUGCAGUGAUGAGAAGUUCGUUAGCUCUAAAGAUUUUCGGAGGGAAUUUUUGGUUACGUUCGCCUGCACGGUGGUUUUGGAGUUGUUUUACUUCCCUGAGCUCUCGCUUUGGGGAUUAUUGCUUUGUGGGAUACUUCUUUAUGUUGCUGUUGCGGAGCUGGAUCCUAUUUACUCGAGUUAUGCCGAAUUGGGUUUGGAAUCGUCGGAGCCAUUUACUACCUCGAUCAUAAAGCCCAUCCGUCACAUUUUGAGCGAAAGGAAGUCUCGCAAGAUUGCGCUUUUCCUCUUGAUCAAUGCUGGCUACAUGGUUGUUGAGUUCGUAGUUGGGUUCAUGAGCAACAGUCUUGGCUUGAUAUCAGAUGCAUGCCACAUGUUGUUUGACUGUGCUGCUCUGGCUAUAGGCCUUUAUGCUUCGUAUAUAUCUCGCUUGCCUGCUAAUGGUCAGUUCAAUUAUGGUCGUGGGAGAUUUGAGGUUCUCUCUGGGUAUGUUAAUGCAGUUUUUCUGGUGUUGGUUGGAGCACUUAUUGUAUUAGAGUCUAUUGAAAGAAUUUUGGACCCUCAGGAGAUCUCGACCAACAGUUUGUUAAUUGUGUCCAUUGGCGGGCUUCUUGUCAAUGUGAUUGGGUUGAUAUUCUUCCAUGAAGAGCAUCAUCAUGCACAUGGUGGAUCCUGCUCUCACUCGCCUUCCCACUCCGGUCAUUCCCAUUCCCAUUCCCAUUCCCAACACCAACAUGACCAUGACUGCCACAUUGAGGAUCAGAAAUGUAUUUCUGUUGAGCAUGAUUGCCAUGAAAAAUCUUGUUCUGGUCAUCAUAAUCAGCAUGAUCACCAUCAUUCUGAUCAACACGGCAAUGGCGAUGCUAAAGUUGCUUAUCCUACUCUGGGGAGCUCUAGUUGUCACGGUCAUGACCAUGCUGACAAUCAUAGUGAAGGUUCUCAUGGUUGUGAUCAUGGUCAUCACAAUGACCAUGCUCAUGGUCAUGGUCAUGACCAUCAUCAUCAUGAGCCGGUCUUCACAAAUCAUCACUCCACUGAAGGUCAUGCAGAUGGAUGUCUGCCUACUCAGACAGCAGCCCCACACGCCCAUGGUCUCAGUUCGUCCAUUAGUCAAAUCCACCAGAGAAAUCUACCUUCAAGUGAAGGCGAAGCAAAAAAGCACAGUCACCAUCACAUUGACCACAACAUGGAAGGGAUAUUCUUGCACGUUCUAGCAGAUACAAUGGGAAGUGUUGGAGUCGUUGUAUCGACUCUGUUGAUAAAGUACAAGGGAUGGCUUGUUGCAGAUCCUGCCAGCUCCAUAUUUAUUUCCAUUUUAAUUGUGUUGUCAGUCAUCCCGUUGCUCAGGAACUCGGCAGAGGUAUUGCUCCAAAGGGUGCCUAGGGCUCACGAACGGGAUCUAUUUAAUGCUCUAAACAAUGUCACAAAGAUAAAGCAGGUGAGGGGGAUUCCACAUUUCCAUGCGUGGAGCUUUACGAAUACAGAGGUAGUGGGAACGAUCCAUCUCCAUGUUGAGACGGAAUCUGACAAGGCUUCUGCAAAAGCACAAGUUUCCCGGAUGCUGCAUGAUGUUGGAAUUAACGAUCUUACGCUGCAGGUGGAGUGUGUCAAGCAUACUUAAUGCUGAUCUUGAACUAAUGUUGAGUUUCAUCAUUUUCGGGACCGGUUGAAGAAAAGAGAAACCCCCAAUGUGAGGACAGAUUCAAAUUACUGACUAAAAUUGUCAGUGAAGCUCCAUAUGCAGUGCUAUCGCUGCUGUUCUGGGUUCUAUCUCAGUUACUCCCAUGUAGUUGUCAAAAAUUCAUAUUGAAUGAGAAGAUGCAAGACACCCAUCAAUCAACUGCUGGAAUGCUGUCCUUAUUCUGGUAAAGAUUGCAUGGCAGGGGCUGUUGCCUCAAUGUCAUCGCGGCUCCCUCUUUUGAUUUGGUCCAUAGAAAUUAGAUUUGCUUCGAUGUAAAUAAAUAGCUUAGAAGUUAGUACCCAUGCAAUGUGCAUGCGCGGGGAACUCCUUUCUCUCGGCAACAUAAUCUCCAAAGGAUUUUCUGUCCUGGUUUUAUUUAUGUAGCUGUAACUUGUGAAUGAACGAAGAAGCCAUGAAUCAGAACUUGGUCGAUUUAAUGCUGAAUCCUAAAAAGUCUUAGAUAGCAUUUGAUUA